ACUAUUAUUUUAAUACUUUUUUUUGCAUAUAUUUUUUUUCUAAUUUUAAAAACAUCAAUUUGGGUUUUAAUUAUCAAAUUUUUUUUUAAAUCUUUAUUUCACUCAAGUUCGAAGUCUUCGGAUAGUUGCCAUCAAACGAUAACAUUAUUCUUGACAUUUUACUUUCACUAAAUACACACAUUAACAUGUAUAUAUAAUUAGUACACGUUUUUGUGUUCGUACAUGCGCAACAUAUAUUUCGUUGAUACAUAAAUUUAUUUUCCGCGAUCAGUGCCAAAACACGAAAUGGACCGAAAACCAUCAUCUUACAGAUCGCGUCAAGCGUCGUCCAAACCAUCAGACCCUAGUUGUGUGAUAUGUUUUAAAAUGCAAUCAAUUUAUUCAAUUGGUACGUGCGAUCAUCCUGUGUGCUACGAGUGUUCAACUACCAUGCGAGUGCUCUGCGAUCAAAAGGAGUGUCCGAUUUGCAGGCGAAUACUGACCAAGGUCAUUUUUACAAAAGAUGAGUUGGAUUUGUUUAAAAAUUUGGAUGAUCGUUCAUAUCCCCGAUAUAACAAAAAGUAUGGCAUUGCAUUUGGUGAUCUUUCUGUGGAAAAUUCAUUUGACCAAUUAUUGCGUUGCUACUGUACAAAAUGUUACGACCAUCCAGAGUUCAUUUCAUUUGAACAAUUAUCUACUCACAUGGAACGAAACCAUCGUCUUUAUGCUUGUCGCCUCUGUGUGAACAAUUUAAAGAUAUUUCCAAGCCAGAGACGUUGGUAUAAUUUCGAUGAGUUAGUUAGACACGAAGAAUAUGGAGACCCCGAUAAUACAUCUCACCGUGGCCAUCCUAAAUGUCAAUUUUGUAAUGUUCGUUACUUAGACAAGGACGAACUUUAUAAACAUCUAAGGAAGGAGCAUUUCUAUUGUCAUUUUUGCGAUGCUGAUGGUAUUCAAGACUACUACAUGUCAUAUGAAUGGUUGAGAAAGCAUUAUUACAACAAUCACUACCUUUGCGAAGAGGGAAAUUGUGUUAAUGAACAAUUUACAUCAGUUUUUCGUACCUCGAUUGACUUACAAGCUCAUAAAGCGCAAACACACAGCAGGGAUCUAGGAAAACAAGGAUACAAAGAAGCACGUACUUUAAAACUUGAAUUUAACUUGAGACCACGACACUUUCCGGCAGUUGAAGCUGGCAGACCUAACCAAUACCAACCUCCACGACAACCGCCCCGUCAACCUACAUCUGAUAAUCUUUACAACAACAACAACAACAACAACUAUUCCGACAGUCACAUGUUGCCGGCGACGUCAUCGGAUCGCGCCAUCAAUGUACGCAACACCGCAGAUUUUCCAUCACUGAACGGUCAGCACACGACGGUGCUACCAUGUGCCCGCACUAAGAAACAAAAUCAAUCAGUAAACACACAAGACUUGCAUUCGUUUCCGGCCUUGGGACAGGAUCCGCAGCCGCCAGUGGCACCAAAGGCCCAGAAACCGGCGAUGAAUAGCAUCCGAAUGGCCGCGGUGUUGAAAAAACCAGCGGAACCUCCUAAACUGGACCGAAACAAAGACGCUAAGGUGCCUUCAGGCCCACGAUUGCCCAAUCAAGCCAAGGACUUUCCGUCAUUGGACGGCAAUCACAACCACCAGCCACAGCAGCAGCAAAACUUGCAACACCCAAGAUUGAGCGCCAAUAAAGAGAUGGCGGCGACCAGCAGUUCAGGCAGCGGAAGUUGGGUGUCUAAAGCAAAAACGGGCAACGAAAACGACAAGAAAAAGGUGAAAAAAGAACCGCCAGCCAUUAAGAAAAAAAUUGCUGAGGCGCCAAAAGUACCAGGCCCGUCGGACUUUCCGAAUUUGAACAAAAAAUAUGAACCAUCCAAGAGCAACCUAGCCAAGUUAGGUGGCAAUAAAAAAAAAACAGAUAACUCGAAGAAAACCGCGUCGGUAGAAAACAAUGUCAACGGAAGUGGUAUCGUUCAAAACGGUAAAAAAAACCCUCCGACCGUGGACAACAACGGUAGUAAUAAGGAAAAUGUCAACAAACCCAAUAACAAAAUUGUUAACGCGGUGCAGAUGUGCAACGGUGGUGCGGCCGGUGACGUGUCUUGUAAGACCUCAACCGCGACAACUUCAACGAAUAAUAAGAUGGUCAAGAAUGAAGUGAUUAAGUCCGUCACAUCGGCCCCGGUCGAACAACCUAAGAGAGAGCCGUCUAAAAAGAAAGAGCCUGCUACAGUCGGCCGAACGUCGGCGCAACCUGACGAAGAAUCCGUUUCAGAUACCAACAACCCAAAGGACAAAAAAAAGAGGAAAAAGAACGAAAACCGAGGAGAGCAACAACAACAACAACCAACUUCAUCGGUCGGGCACCAACAGCAAGAAAAUCACCAUCAGCAACAGUUGCGUAACAAUCACAUCAAAACAUUGACGCCGAAAAUACCGCCGGGAUUCGAGAACACGUACCACCAACAGCAGCAACAGGUCAGAGCACCCCCCGGGCUGUCCGGUAACCGCGGUCCAUCUUCCGCAGCUCAAAACCACCACAUGAUCAAAGCGCCGCCCGGUCUGUCUUUGACAGACAGCGGUGGCGGUGGUAAAUCAUUCGAGUACUUGCAUCCGGCCGAUUCAUCCGUCCGAAACAAAGUACUCAUCAACAACCUGAUGGCCGCGCUCAUACCUGCUCGCGACGAACGUUUCGACACGUUUGAGAAGUUCAAAGAAAUGUCCACGUUGUUUCGCAAACACGUCAUUACCGCGUUUGAUUUUUAUUCAUACUGCGUCGAAGCACUUGCCCCACACAGCUUCGAGUCCGUCUUCCAGGAACUUGUGUUACUGUUACCCGACAUCCAAAAGCAGCGGGAAUUACUGUACAUCUACAACCGAAACAGUAGACACGAGAUGACCGUAGAAGUGUGCAAACACUGUCGUCAAGUGUUAAGAGCCAAUGACUUGGAAUCCCAUAUGUCCGUUCACGGUACGACCGCGCGCAGUUGAAAUGAAACUGAUCCGUUUGUGUCUGUAUAGCACAAAUCGAAUCGUCAACGUCAAUCAUGCCUCCAAAUUGUAAUUAUUAAACCACCAUCAUUAUAUUCUAAUUUUAUUGUAAACUUUUUAAAUUGCGCACGCGCAUGGGUGUGAAAAAUAUCAAAAAUAUUAUCUUUAUACAUAUAAUUAAC